UUGAAUGUGCGGUGUGCGGCGGAGACUCCCUGAGCUGCGGGAAUAACGGAGCGGCCGCUAAGUGGCUUAUUACAAGGGGCCGGUGCCGCGUUUCAGGCCGGGUCCUUCCUGAGGCUUCCCUCCUGCAGGGGGCGCUGGAACUUGUAGUUCUACAGAGCUGCGCAGCCAGUCAGGAUGGCACAGGCAAGGGACGAGUGGGAGCUCAGUAAGGAAAACGUUCAGCCUCUUCGCCAAGGCCGGGCGAUGUCCACUCUGCAGGAGGUUCUCUCCCAGCAAGACAGCGCCAACCAUCACACCAACCAGCAGAAGCAGGCCUUUGAAUUGGAGCUUCGAUUCUACACUGGAGAUGAUCCUCUGGAUGUAUGGGACCGGUAUAUAAAGUGGGCAGAGCAAGCGUUUCCUCAGGGCGGUAAAGAGAGCAACCUGUGUCCACUGCUUGAGAGAGCGGUCAAGAUUUUCCACCAGGAGCAGAAGUAUUAUGGGGAUCUGCGCUAUCUCAACAUUUGCCUCAAAUUUGCACAUUUCUGCACAGAGCCGGUAGACCUGUACAGCUAUCUGCACAGCCAAGGGAUUGGCAUUCUACAUGCGCCACUCUACAUCACGUGGGCGGAAGAGUAUGAAGCCAGGGGCAAUUACAAGAAAGCAGACUCCUUAUUCCAAGAUGGCAUCCAGUGCAGAGCUGAGCCUCUAGAGAAGCUCGAGAUUCAUCACAAACAAUUCCAAGCACGAGUCUCACGGCAAGUAUUGCAGAGAAUCAGCGAAGGGGCUGACGAAGAGGAUUCUGAAGUUGCCGAACCACAGCGCAGUUCACUGGUCGAUUUAAAAACCAAAGGAAAGAAUAAAGUGAGGGCUCCGAUAAACAGAGUGGGAGAUGCAGUUAAAUCUCGCAACCAAGGUUUAAGUGCUCCUCCACAGCAGAUUCCAAGUAGCUCUCGUUUUGCUGUAUUCAAUGAGAAUUCAGGAGCUGCUGUGUUUGGAGACAUGCCCCCAGUAACUGCUCAACCCUGGGCAGCGUUGCCAACCGCACGAGCAAAAGAAAAUGAACAAAAAGCAAGAGCCUGGAACUCCGGGAAGCCUUCGCGAAGCAGUCAUCAGACCCCCAGCAGCGAGCCCUCUCCGAGCUUCCCCAGCUUCACUCCGUACGUGGAUGAAAUGGCCGAGCAACAGACAGUAACACCUUGCAAAAUUAAUCCUUCAGUCAGCAGCGUCCUGAGUUCUCGUAAGCCUGGUAAGGAAGAGGAUCCCCUACAGCGGCUGCAGAGAAAUGCAGAAGGCAAAGAGGAGAUGGUCAUGUACUGCAAAAACAAAGUCUAUGCUGGUAUGGAGGAGUUCUCUUUUGAGGAGAUCCGGGCAGAAAUAUACAUGGUAAAGAUCCGGAAGAAGAGAGCAGAAGAACUCCAGGCCAGUGCUCUCCGAAGACAAGAGAUGGAGAGGCAGAUUGAAGAAAUGGAGAAACGACUAAAGGCAAACUCUGUCACAAAUCAAGAAACGGCAGCUGACCAGCCUGUUCAGUCUGGAGAGUCCUUCAAAAUAUAUUGUGAUCCUGAAAACCAAUCUCCUGAACAAGAGGUGGUGUCCAUAGCUACGUGUCCUCAAAACGAAGAAGUUCAAGCAGCGUCUGUGGAACAUCAUCUUGCUGCUUCUACAUUAUCAAGCACAGCGAUCCCAUUGGUGGCUGAAAACAAACUUGGUUGUCUGGAAUCUUCUCCAGAGCAGUCCUCCAAUCUGCCAUUCACUAUAUUUGAUGAGAUCUGCGAAGCAGAACCUGAUGUUGACUCUCAGGAUAACAUGCCUCCUCCCAAACGUCGCCCACUGGCACCUGUUCCAAGAGCUCUUGCUAAACCAGAGGAAACCCCACUCACCGGCACCCUUGAAGAUAUUGAACCCUUAAGUGAAGAAGCCAUUGUGACUGGUUCAGACAGAAAUAAAAGUUUGUUUGCGGACCCGGAGGACACAUGCGACUUUAUGAGAGCAGCACAGUUUGCAUCCACUCCCUUCCAGAAGGCCAAGGAUGAGCUGGAACAAAGUGAUCCUUCUGACCUUGAGAGAAUACCACUUAGGGAGAUGACUCCUGUGUCUGAGGAGUCCUAUAGACAAUGUGAGUGUGUGUCUAUUAUUUCCAGUCCCAUUUUAGAAGCCAGUCAAGAAAAUACCCAUUCCUCAGUGUCUUCUGCGUCCUUUGUCUCUAUUGGUUCUAGCUUGUUGACCUCCAAGACGCUGAUGGUCCAUCUUGUAUCUGGAGUGUAUGAGCAAGCUUUCGAAGAGGCUCCUGUAUCGAAAGGAAGCAGAGAACUGCAACAGAAUCUGCUGGAGGCCAUGCCUGAGCUAAUGGUGUCAGAAGGGAUCAUUCAGGAGGCUGGUCAGGUCCCCGCUAUAAAGGAUCAGGAAGAUGUUCUGCUUGGCGGUGACUCCUACAGUCUUAAAGGUGAAAUUAUUCUUGGGGAGAACAGCAGAAUUUAUAUAGGGGCCAAAGCGGAUUCUGAUAUGGAAAAUGUGAAAGGAGUGGGAGUCGCCUUAAAGGUGGAUUCCAGACCUCUUCCAUGGGAUUUCUACAUUGUACAGCAGCUGAAGGAGCGACUUGGUGAAGGCUUCAUGAGUUAUUUGGUGGAGCAGAGUAACUGCUACCUCUUUCACGAUGGAUGUGUUAUGCUUUACAAGGAUGUCGGACUCUUCAGCGUCCAAGAUAUACUUCAGAACCCCAACGCUGUGAUGGAGGAAGUUGCUAUCCUGCUUGCCUACAACCUAUUGAGCCUCGUAGAGAAACUGCACACAGCAGACAUAGUCCAUGGAGACCUGAGGCCGGAGACUCUACUGCUGGAUGUUGGGAUUUUUGACCUCUCCUCCUGCACAGACAGGAGCACUUUCUUCAAGUUGAUUGACUUUUCUCACAGUAUGGACAUGCGCCGGUGUCCCACACUGACCGCACAAGCUUUUCCGAUAGCACAGACCGAACAUGGACAACAGAUUUUAAGCCCGCAAUCCUCCCCCUACCAGGUGGAUCUUCUUGGCAUUGCAAGUAUGGUUCAUUUGAUGAUCUUCAGAAAACCGCUCCAGAUUCAGCAAAAUGAUUCUUCAUGGAAUAUCACAAAAGAGGUCCCAGGGUUAUGGAAUGAAAGUCUAUGGAACACAUUCUUCUCAAAGAUCCUGAACUCGAGCCAAGGGUCCACUGCGGAAGUACUGAAGGAGCUGAAGGACAAGAUGGACGAAUUAUCAGACAGCUUCUUCGAGGCAGUUUUCAUCUAUUUUAUGGAGUUGGAAACCGCGGCUUACUCUCUGUGAUUGUCAGCACGUCACCCGACUAUUCCUGCAUUUUCUGUCCAUUUUCUUGUAGGACGGUUCCAGGACACGUUCCCUGACGCUGUGCUUGUCAUUUCUAUGUUCAUAUGUUUUGUAGAAUAUGUAUUUGUGUGUCCUUCAUUUAUUGACCUGUACAGUCACUACAGCUAUUUCUAGUAAACA